ACGACGUCACCCACUAAAUAUCUCGCGGAACAAAAGACGUCCGCGCUCUGCGUUCCUCCCCGCCGGAUGCGACCGACAACACACCGUCACGGUCAUUUAGUACUGAACUUUGUUUUAAAAACAGUUGACCUUUUAUAUAUUUAUGCAUACGGCGGAGAAGUGUAAAUCCUCGGGACUCACGGCCGUUGUUUUUGUCCCAAACGAAGCUGCGGGGGUGUCUCGCGAGAGAGUUUGAGGCCUAACAAAAUUCGUCUUGCUGUAGCAGUUCUUCUUCCAGUCCUGGUGUGAUCUAGAAGUUCGGCCAACUCCAGUCUGGACUGCUUGCAGCACAUGGGGCUUUGUCACCUCUUUUAAUUGACUGACACUCUCCCAUCCGUCUCGCUCAUGAGGUAACCCCGGCUGUCGCUGUUUAUGCCUGUGGCUGGGCUGUGAUGGGGCAGAGGGUGUCGGGUGUGGUGAAGUCCGCAGAGGAACAGGAGACGGGUGAGCUGGCGUUCCAGCCGGUGUGUGCAUCGCUUCGUAAUCGUGGGGUCCCGUUGCCUCCCCGUUUGGAGCUGCUGUUGGAUAUGCCCCCAGUGGGACCCGAAACUCAACUCCAGCACUCCUGGAACCCGGACGAUCGUUCCCUCAAUCUGUUUAUCAAAGACGAUGACCGCCUUACGUUCCAUCGCCACCCGGUGGCGCAAAGCACAGACUGCGUGCGUGGAAAAGUGGGUUUCAUUCGCGGCCUUCACGCAUGGACUCUUCGCUGGCCCAUACGCCAGCGUGGGACUCAUGCUGUGGUCGGGGUCGCUACCUCUCUGGCUCCAUUGAGGGCUGUGGGGUAUUCCGCCCUAGUGGGGAGUGAUGCAGAAUCCUGGGGCUGGGAUUUAGGACAUGGUAGACUGUACCAUGACAGGAAGAGUCGGACUGGACCGGCGCCGUCGUACCCGGAAUUUAUUGAGGAGGAGGAGGAGGAGGAAGGGGCAUUCUCAGUUCCUGAAGAGGUGCUGGUGGUGCUGGACAUGGACGAGGGUACGCUCGGGUUCUGCGCAGAUGGGAACUACCUGGGUGUGGCGUUUCGCGGGCUGAAAGGGAAGAGGCUUUACCCGAUCGUCAAUGCAGUGUGGGGUCACUGCGAGGUUAGCAUGACCUACAUCAAUGGACUGGACCCUGAACCCCUGCCUCUGAUGGAGCUGUGCAGACGGGCCGCCCGGCAGGCUAUGGGUCGACACCGAAUCCAUCACAUCCAGUCUCUACCACUGCCACAGACCCUCAAAAACUACCUGCAGUACCAAUGAGACACCAAACGCAGCCAAAAAUCAUCUGCAGUCACUGGACAGGUGCUCUUGAAUGAUACACAGGAUAGUAGAAGAUUUGUGCUGUGCACAGAUGUCAAGAGUGUGCAAGAGAGGUGACCAGCCAGUUUUUAUCUGUUUUUAUAAAUGUUUAAACCAAUGAUGAGUGUGGCCUCAUGAGAUUUGAUUUUCCAGAUGAAGGUGAAGGUGUGUGCAUGAAAGUGUGUGUGUUUGUAUUUGUGUCAAUGAAAAUUCAUGUCUUCCAUUGAAAUCCCUGUAUUUCAUUGAAAAAAAAAAAACAAACAAAACAAAAAAACAUCUCGAAUUAGCCUAAGCUGGUCUUAGCUGGUUUAAGAUGGUCUCCCAGACUGGCCAAGCUGGUCUUCAGCUGAUCUUACAGCCUGAUCAGCUGAAACCAUUGCAGACUGAGAGACCAGCAAACCAGCUUAGGCUGGUUUAACCUGUUUUUUUCAGUUGGUAUAAUUAAAAGAUUUUCUUUCUCUUUUUGUAUAUUUGUUUGUUUUGCUUUUUAUAUAUUUUACCACUAUGGGCUUGGACAUGGAUAAGGGUUAAUAUUAGACUAAACCUGGUUUUCAGUGGCAGUUUAAACUAAUGCAUUUUAUUCCAUGAUGUAGGUGAUACCAGAAAACAGGUCCUUAUUAUCCUUGUCAGUCUUCACUAAUGCAUAUUUACAGUGCCUGAGAUAUUUUCAUUACUUUUUCUUUUUUUUCCCCAAGUGACAAAACUGAUUAAAUCGGUUUUCCUAUGUUUUAGAAUAUAAAUGUGACUUCAGUCAAUCUGAUUUUUGCAAAAAUGAUUUUAUAUGAAAGAGUCGUCUAUCUGUUUUUAUGUCACAGAUCAAGCAAAAACUCUGGAGAAGACAGCUUUGUUCUUUUUGUGACCUUUUGAAAUGUGAAUAAAAAUAACUCAA